GCUGAAUUUCAGAGGUAUUCAAAGCUGAUAUACUACUACUCAUUGGCAACAAUAACCUCAAGGUAAUCCCAGGAAAAACAGAGCAAGGAAACAAAUUGUAAAGAAAAAGAAAACAAAUAAGACGAAAAAAGAGCAAAAGAUUUAAAACUGUUUUCCUCCCUCUUCCCCUUCGCGAACCCCUUCCCAACUCAACCUGCCCGAUUGUAUCAGUAAUCUGUAGACUGGACCCAUGUACGCCCAAGUUCUCCACACUCAUCCCUCAUCGAAACUUCCUUGUCCUUCUCCCCUUCUCCUUGUUAGGCCCUUAACUACACCAAUCUUCAAACACCAAUUCACUCCAAACUCAAGAACCCAACUUUAUUUCUUGCACCAUCACUGCCAAAAGCUAAGAAAGCCCCUUAUCAGAUGUGCAGCAAACAGUGAAGGAGUUGGGGGCUCCAGAAACUGGGAAAAAUGGGUUCCAAGAGACUUUCUUGCUGCUGAUAAAAUAUUCAGAUGGAUUUCUGAGGCUACUUCUAGUCCCAUUGCCCAGUAUAUAUCUUCACCAACAACUUUCUUGCACUCUGUUGAUCCCAGAAUUAAAUUGGCAUGGCUCCUUGUACUUGUUGUUUUACCAGCAAGGUCACACAUCUCUGUGCGCUUUGGCUUAGUGAUUUUCCUGGCUUCGUUAUCGAUGUUGAUGCAGCCUAAGCAGGUUUGGAUGGACCAGUUGGGACGGGUGACUCUGCUCUCUGGGAUCUUAUUUAUAAUGCUAGGACUGGGUACAGAUAGUGCACCAUCCCUUGUAUUUUCAAGAACUCCACCACCCUCAGUUUUGGGGUUGCCGAAUCUUCCGACAUCUUUGGAUGGCUAUUCAUACGUUGUUAUGAAGUUUGGUCCCUUACAAUUGACAAGGAAGGGCUUAUCAACAGCUAGUACAUCAGCAUGUUUGACCUUUGUUAUCUUCCAAAGUGCAAGCCUCUGCCUCACGAGUACGACUCCCGAGCAGCUUGCAUUUGCCCUGCAGUGGUUCAUCCAUCCUCUGAAGCAUCUAGGUUUGCCUGUGGCAGAAGUCAUCCUUACUCUCUUACUGUCUUUGAGGUUCAUCAGUUUGGUAUUCGAUGAGGUUCGUAAUGUUGCCCUGGGGAUUGUAUCACGCAGAAUCAAUUGGCAGCUUUUGACCACUAUGGAGACAGUUGAUGUUUUCUUUACAUACAUCAGACGGAUCUUCAAAAACAUUUUCAGGCACUCAGAGCAGAUAUCUCAGGCUAUGAUUGUCAGAGGCUUUCGAGGAGACUGCGAUUCUCACAAAAUUUUUCUGUCAGCGGACACAUCUAGUGCAAUGGCCAACAUUAUAUCGUUGCUUUGCUUGUUUGGUCUUGUAGGGGCUGCCACUAUGUCAAAGUACCUCCUGCUGUGAUAUCUGUUGCUUGAAAAAUCUUCCACUCUCUUCUUAUUCUCAAAGCAAUAGAAGCCUUUCUUCAACUCCUCCCUUCCAUGUUCUUCAUCAUCAUUUUACCUUGCUCCUUCCCUUCUUAGCAUCUUCAGUAACUACAGCUGAUCAAUGUGACGAGCCAAAAAAGGUUACGUUCCCUCCUUAUAGGCAAUUAAACAUGCUUCUUAAUUACAACUACUUCAGUUUUUUCCAUUUGCUUCGAUUGCUUAGAAUUGUAGCACUCGGGAAGCCACUCUUUCGACAGGGGUGAUGUCGAGUACAAGUUUCUUGUUGAUCGAAUUUAUUCUUAUCAAAGAGAACCGCUCCUUGGUUUUGUGAUGAACUCAGCCAGAGGCAGCUCCAGAGUUCAGACGGCUGCUAAGUUCUUUACUCUUGCUGUCUUAAAAGCUGCAUCUUUUGUGGUGAGAAAAGAAUUGGUGCUGCACAUUCUUAGAAUAUUUUGCAGAUUAGAAGACAUAAAAGCAGCUGAUUGAAUGCAAAGUGUGCACAGUUAGGAUUAUGUAAUAGAUGAACUUAUUGUCCAAGAAGCAACGGGUAUGUAUAUAUUGACAGGGCUGCAAAUUUUGCCAUUGUUUAAUGAUGAAGCCCUUGAAACAUUUUUGACAAAAUUUUAGUCGAUGUUGGCCUUUGCCUAGAAUUUCAAA